AUGGGACCCCCGGAGUUCACGAGUUCCACUGAUCCAUUCGUUGCUGAGGGAUGGGUCAGAUCCUUGGAGACGAUUUUUCGUUACAUGGGACUGGAGGAUGCAGCCAAAGUUAGUUGCGCCAUCUUCCAGCUGAAGGAUAAUGUUGCCCUUUGGUGGGAAGGGGCUGAAAAGACUGCGCGACUAAAGAGGGAGUUUAGGAACCUCCGACAGGGGGAUAUGUUUGUGGCAGAGUACGUCAAGAAGUUUGAUAGGGGUUGCCACUUUGCGCCCCUCAUUGCUGAUAACCCCGCGGAGAAACUACAAUCCUACAGAUUAUGCCAUAGCACUAAGGAAGGCUUUCAGGUUGGAGCAGACCCUGAGGUAUUUACAGGCAGAGGCAUAGAGGAAGAAGCCAUUUUAUUCACAGAUUUAGCAGUAGUCAUAGGCGAAGAGACAGUUUACUGGACCUCAGAGGUUGCAGGGACAGCAAAGCCAGCAGUAAAACCUUCCGGUUUAGGGAAGCCACAGGGUCAACAGGCUUCGAAGCCUGCGAUGCAGCUGGAGAAACCUACUUGUCAGACUUGUAGACACCAGCAUGUGGGGAAGUGUCUGCUAGGAGCUGAAGUCUGCUACAAGUGUAAGCAACCGAGCCACCUGUCCUUUGAUUGCCCACAGCUGAGGAGGCCUGUGACAGGGAGAGUUUAUGUGAUGCAGACUGAGGAGGCUAACCCAGACACUACCUUGAUUACAGCCAGCAUUACAGUGACUACGACACAAGAUGGUCCUUCUAUUCCUGAUGUGGAAGUUGUUAGGGAUUAUGCAAACAUCUUUCCUGAUGACGUUAUAGGGAUUCCACCGGAUCGAGAGGUGGAGUUUUCUAUUGAGUUGCUGUCAGACACAUUGCCAAUCUCUAAGGCACCAUAUCGUCUUGCUCCUACUGAGAUGAAAGAGUUGAAGGAGUAG